CGAGGCAAUGCGCCAUAUUUUGAACCUAGCUUUAGACACAUCAGCAAAGACUGUAGGCCGGUUCCGUGUGAGAUAUUCACCACAAAAUUGAGCUACACAGACUUCUGUGAAAGGCUGCAGACGAGGUAAGCACUCUACCAAGUGAGGCACAUCUUUUGCUGCGCAUUUGCCAUUUUUUUAGCUCUGGAUAAACGUUCUCUGCAGAAUUUUCGCCAUGUGAAGACGGAUUAUUUUAAGGAGAUUUCGGAAUUUCUCGCGCUAUUGUGCCAGGCCAUUUUCCGAACAGGAAGGCCUUGGUAUGCGCGCAGAUUUGGAGGCGCUGUAGCAGCCGCUCACUCACCGAGCGCACAAGCUAGAUAACCGGAAAUGAGAACAUAAGUUGGAACGCAUCGCUGGAAAUUGGAAAAUGGAAUGAAAAUCGGCAUGGCACCUAUCGGUACCAUAAGAAAGAGAUGAAGAUGCAUGAGGAACUAGUUAGUACAGCUAAUGAACUGCAAAAGGGGAAAAAAGCCAAAGAGAGAGCUCAGAAUGAAACAAGAAAAAAACAAAGAGAGAACGAAGAGAUGAAAAAGAAAUUGAAGCAGAAGGAAGAUGAAAUGAAGAUUAUGCAAAAAACAUCAGAAGAGAGAGCUCAGAAUGAAACAAGAGAGAACGAAGAGAUGAAAAAGAAAUUGAAGCAGAAGGAAGAUGAAAUGAAGAUGAUGCAAAGAACGUUAAAUGAAAGAGAGCAGAAACUACGAGAAAUGAGCUAGAUGUUCAAAAAGCGGGACCUUGUGAUGAUGAUGAUAAGUCAACCCAUACAUCAGGAAUUGCCGUGGAAUCAGGUUCUGUUGACGAAAAUAUGAUGACUAGAAUGCAGGUUUUCCAAGAAAGGUUCAAAACACUCAGAGAGCAUA